CCUAUCUAUCUGUCUCUCUCUACCGUCCUCUCGUCACACUUUCACACUCUCUUCCGCUUUCUCUUCACUAUGUCUGUUUUUGUUUACUAAAGAUUGCUAUCACUCAUUCUUCCUUUUCUUCUUAGCUUUCUCUUUCUCUCUCUCCAAUCUUCUUCUCUCUCUCUUUCUUUUAUUUAUUUUUUUAUAUAAUUUUAAAAGCACAAAGUUUUCUUCGCACAUAGCUAGAGUUAGCUUUCCAGAUUCUUUCCCGGGGGAAAGCCUAAAAAGAGCAAAGGAAGAUAGAGAGAAGGAAGUGAAAAAAAAAGGAAUUGAUUUCAUUGCAUAUGUUGAAGACACUGAACAAAACAAAAGGAUUACACAGUCCCUUGCUUGUGAAUAUUGCACUUUAAUUGCUUUGUCUCAAAAUCUGAUCUGAAUAAAGGAAAAGAAGCUCUAUCUCUCAUAUAUAUAUUCUGUAACCAUCAAGCUAAAUACCCCUUCUAAAGAAGAUGCCCUUGGAAGGGAUUUUCAUUGAACCACCCACCUCAACUUCUACUACUCCUGAUCUCUCUCUUCACAUAAGCCCACCAAGCACUUCCUCUUCUUUGAUUUGCAACAAUAACAACACAUCUGGUGGCACCAAUUAUGAAGCACACAAUUCUACAAGUACAAAUUUUGCUUCUCAAGCUCAUACUGAGCUCUCUUUGGGGAGGAAUUUCAGUGGUGGAGGUGGAAGAGGAGCGCCUAAUGAGGAACCACCACCAUACAAUAACCCUUAUUAUCAAGCCCAACAGGCCCAUUUCCAUAAUCUUCACCACCAUUCUAGCACUAGUAAUGCUUCAACGUCAACAGCUAGCACUACCAGUAAUUCCUCCACUCACAUGAAUCACAUAAAUUAUGGGGUUUCUUUGCUUGAUGUGUCAUCAGAAGGAUUGAGGCCAAUCAAGGGGAUUCCAGUGUAUCACAACCGUUCAUUCCCUUUCUUGCCGAUGGAACAUUCAAGAGACAAGGAUCAUCAUGCCAAGAUGUGUUUAUAUCAUCACAUGCCAUCAUAUCCCUCUUUUUCCUCUUCCCUUUGUUCUUCUUCUCCUUCUUCUUCUCCUGCACCCUACUUCGCUGCCGCCGCGGUAGGAGGCUUGGAUCCCAUGUCCUUUUUGAACACGGGCGGAUCUGCCGCGGCGGCGGCAGGUUAUAGGGCGGCGACGGCAGCAAGGUUUAAUGGAAUUCCGGGGGAGGUUUUCAAAUCUCAUCAUCCAUUGCACCAUCAUCAUUCAUCACAAUCACACUAUGGGGUUGGACUUGGACCCUCUCAUGAGGCCUCUUCAGGGUUGAUGAGAUCAAGGUUUUUGCCAAAGUUGCCAACCAAAAGGAGCAUGAGAGCACCAAGAAUGCGGUGGACAAGUACACUCCAUGCUCGAUUUGUUCAUGCUGUUGAGCUUCUGGGUGGCCAUGAAAGAGCUACGCCAAAGUCAGUUCUUGAGCUCAUGGAUGUGAAGGAUCUCACAUUAGCUCAUGUCAAAAGCCAUUUGCAGAUGUAUCGAACUGUUAAGACCACUGACAAGCCUGCUGCUUCUUCAGGCCUUUCAGAUGGAUCCGGAGAAGAUGACAUGUCUCCAAUGGGAAGCAGUGGUGGAAUGCGUCAAUUUUCAGAUCAAAGAGGCCUUUCGGAUCGACCAAUGCAACAAGAUAUGGACUACUCUUCGACCACCACGCUAUGGAGUAAUUCUUCAAGUAGAGAACCAUGGCCACAAGCUAGUUCUAAUGACAUAGAUGGUUUCAGACCACCUGUCUUCCAGUCACAACCAAUAUCAGGAGGGCAUCAAAUUCAGGAGUGUGAUUCAACUCAACUCAAGAAAAGUUUGUCAGGAUCAAGUUUAGAGUGCAAGAACCCAAGCUUGGAAUUCACAUUAGGCAGACCGGAUUGGAAUGGCAAAGGACAAGCCUAACUUUCAUUAUUAUCUCUGGCUAGUUUGCAUUAAAUUGAGGCGGUAUUGCUAUAUAUAUAUAUAUAUAUAUAUAAAUUCUGUCAACCUGAAGAAAAUUAAAAGGCCCCUACAUAGUUCUACUAUGUUCAUUUCGGAAGUUUUCUGAGAUCAUGAACAAUUUUGUGUAGCCUUGUAUUUAUUUUUUAUUUAUUGGUGAGGAGGAGGUAUAGGAAGAAGCUGAUGUAGCUGCAAAUGUAGAAGAACAAUGAAGAGAGAUAGAGAGGAGAGGGAAGAAAUAGAAAACUUUAUUUUGGUUAAUCGGCCAGUUUUCCUUUUCUUCUCUUGUUCUUCAUCUUUUCUAUAUGUGUGUGUGUGGAUUGUACG